AUGAACUGGGGAGAGAAGGCUAUCCAAGAGUCAAGAGGCUUCAAUUGGUCUCAGAGCAGCGAAUGGUGUGGCCAAAAGGAAAAGGACAAGGGGGAAAAUGAUGUGCAAAAUGCUUCUAUGCCGGGGUCAUGGGUCUGGGUCGACUCGGUUCUUUGGCUUUUAUGGAGUAAAACCUCCAUAAAAUGGAACAAUCAUAGUACCUAG